AUGGCCAGUAAUAGCGAAUCCUACGAAGAAGAGCAUGUCCACAAGGUCUACCAGGAAAUUGCACCACAUUUUUCAUCAACUCGAUAUAAACCGUGGCCAAUUGUCGAGAGGUUCUUGAAAGAUAUUUCCAGUGGCUCUAUCGGCCUAGAUGUCGGAUGUGGCAAUGGGAAAUAUUUGAAAGUGAAUUCCAAUAUAUUUAUCAUAGCCUCAGACAGAUCUGAGGCUUUGACUAAAUUCGCAAGACAACAUCAACCACACUCAGCGAUCAUAGCAGACACUCUGAGUCUGCCUCAUCCGGAUGGUUGCUUUGAUUUUGCAAUUUCAAUCGCGGUGAUACACCAUCUAUCCCUUCCAGAGCGCAGGAUAAGGGCAAUAGCUGCCAUUUUAAAUACCCUAAAACCGCCAGCCCUAGAAGAUCCAAAUGGUGGGAAAGUGCUUAUCUACGUCUGGGCCUUAGAGCAAAAGGAUAGCCGGCGUGGCUGGGAUGCAGAUCAUGAACAGGAUGUAAUGGUACCCUGGGUCUUGAAAACCAAUGAGGGAAAAGCAAAGAAUACAAAAGCUAGAGGCAUGAAUAAGGCUGAGUCGCUUGAAAUCUCUGCGGGUGAAGCUGGCAAGACAACAGAGCCAGAGAAGAAACCAGAACCGACUACCUACCUCAGAUAUUAUCACCUUUACCGAGAAGGGGAAUUGGAAAAUAAUAUUGCUGCUGCCGGAGGAAGAGUUUUGGAGUCUGGAUACGAGAAAGAUAAUUGGUGGGCGAUCGCAUGCCCAUUGCCACGGACAUAA